CGUCACCAUAGCCAGCAACGAAACUACAACCUUUUCCCGCCAAUUAUCCAAGAACGAUACUACCUGCGGGGCCUUUGCAUUUCUACGUCGCUCGCAAAUCGAACCGCCAACCAUGAGACUCUCCGCGGCAAUCGUGGCGUCCGGUAUCGCCGCGUUGGUGACCGCAUCAACACCGUCCUCCGCCGCCGUCUACGAACUCAACUCUCAUACACUAAGUGGACCUGCACUUGAGGUGUCUCCAGAAGAGGCACGGCUAGGACUCGCGCUAGCUCUUGGCGUGUCGCGCUUCCACAAGCUGGGGAUUCAGGGAACAAACGACAAAAAGAUUGAGGUGCUGGAGCGGUUUGGGCGGCUGGAGAACCGAUUUGGCUUAUCGCCUGAGGAUGUGGGUCGCUUUAUGCUGUCGCUUGACGGUAUCGCGAUGGAGGAUGCGGAUGGGCUGCCACUGGGCACACCGUUGAUGAUCAUGAAGAACGCGCCGAGCACACGAGAGACCGCCCAGCUGAUGAAGAAGCUUGCUGAAGAGAAGGCCGAUAUCGCCGUACAACCUCUGCAAGAGAUUGCGUCGCUAGACUCAAGCUUCUGUGUCGCGACGCCAGGCAUCAGAGAUGCGGAGAGCCUCGUUUCCAACUACAAGUUUGCGAACUACAAGUCGUGGCAAGUCGGCGAGGAGAAUAAGGGUGUUACCAAAGAGAUGACGCACGUUUUCAACCCUGAUCGUGAUGCCGACCGACACUUCAUGAGCGAAUACCUUAUCUUCAAAGCUUUCGUCGAGAAAGUCGUUCCCCGGAUGCACGAGGAAAAGAACACUGCGUUCUGCCACUUUCAGGGCCUUAAGGAUCUGAUCAGGACCUAUGGUACUGGUUCCACUGAAGCCAACCUCGCUCUCUCGCUUUACCACAGCGCGCUUUCUCGCCUAUCUUCCCCCAGUAACGUCAAGACCACCCUCUUGCUCACCCCUGGUGCUGAUCAGUCGACGCCUGGAUUCGAGAUCGCGUCUCAUUUCCAUCAGAAGCGAACAGAGACGCCUCUCUCGAUGACCUCCAGCCAUGCACUUGCACAACCCGAGCCUUCGGCCGAAACCAUCUCCCAGCCACCAACCUCUCCUGCCCGUGGUAACCCCCUCACUCGCUUCCAGCGCUGCUACACCAGCAAGGACGCCUGCUCCAACACCACCAACUCAUGCUCAUCCCACGGUGAAUGCAAAGAGACUCUCAAGGGAUGCUGGUCGUGCGCUUGCGUGCCCACUAUCAGGAAGUCCACAGAUGGUGGCCACAAGCAGGUCAUUAACUGGGCAGGAUACGGAUGCCAGAAGCAGGAUGUCUCCGUGCCUUUCCACCUCUUUUUCAUCUUCACCGUUAUCAUCAUCUUGGUCGUUGCCUGGUCUAUUGGCUUGCUGUACUCAAUUGGAGAAGCCGAGCUGCCGAGCGUUUUGUCUGCUGGAGUGGCGCCCAUCAAGAGGGCGUAGCUUUGCAAUUGAGUUGUAAUAGGUAUCGUCAUUAGUCAUUGUUUCUGUAGUUAUAACGGAUGUUUUCUUUUGUUUGUGUUUGUAUUUGCUUUGCGGUUUCUGGUACGAUGGCGGUAUGAUGGGUGUGCAGUAUAUCUAGCUUGUUUUGAAU